AUGUGGCUAAUGGAGGAUAAAAAUGCACUCAGAUUGUACGCCGUUACUCGUCCUUCUAUCGGGCGAUCACCAAAGCUCAUCACAAUGGCAGAAAUUGCAAAGCGAUUUGUGAAGGUUUCACCCACUGACGCAAAAAAGUUGUGGGAAGACCAGUACGCAGGUGCUAAUGAUUCCUGUCAUCAUACGUAUGUUCAUGGAAAGUGCAAAAGCGAAGCGAUGGGAAUUUACUGCGAGGUGGGCCGAAGGACCCGGACCUACUUCGUCCUCUCUGGUUCCGUGUUAUCUGUUUGGCCAGUAGUGGAGGAAGUUAUGUCGGAUCGUGAUCGACGGCCAUCUCGUAUGCAAGUAAUUCGUGUGAGGACAGAGCAAGAUCAGAAGAUCGUCGGUGUGUUGGUGCUUCCUCAUUUCGUGCGCACCCUAGUAGCACGUCUCGAAGAGCAUUGUUCAAGAUGCUUCUUGGAAGCAAAAAAGGAGAAGGAAGCGAGAAAGAAUUAG